GACUUGACAUGUUGAGGACUGCUUGCUAUCGUACACUGCCCGCCACACGCGGCUUCGUCGCUCCUUCUCUGGUUGGCGCGCAGCGCCGCACCUUCAUGAGGGGUGUGCCCGCGUGGAACAACUUGACCUCCAAGCGCACCGACGAGGAGAUCAGCGUUGGCACAGAGGGCCCGCACAAUCUUGACAGAGUCUCGUCGACGCCUGUACAGCUAGGUCAAACGGACAGCAAGCUCCCUGAUGAAAUUAAGGGUGAUUGGGUCCUAUUUCAUCCCGUAUACAGCCCGGCAGAAUUGCACUCGGUUGAGGUCCUUCAUCGAGAGUCGAAGACAAUGUCCGAUAAGAUUGCAUUCCUCUUUGUGCGGCUUCUAAGAUGGGGCUUUGAUGUGGCGUCAGGCUAUAAGCACAAGCCCCUCCCGCCAAAUGCCGACAAGAUGUCUAUAGAAGAACUCAGGAAAGGCGGUUACAUCAUGGACGAACACCAAUGGCUGCGACGUUUCCUUUUCCUUGAAAGUAUCGCUGGUGUACCUGGGUUCGUUGCGGCGACUUUACGUCAUCUGAAGAGUUUGCGUCUAUUGAGGCGAGACGCAGGCUGGAUCCACACUCUGCUCGAAGAAGCGGAAAAUGAGCGCAUGCACUUGAUGACGUUCAUGUCGCUGCGUAAGCCUGGGUGGUUCUUCCGUGCGAUGAUUCUUGGAGCGCAGGGCGUGUUCUACAACGCAUUCUUCCUGUCAUACCUUAUCUCCCCUCCCACAUGUCACCGUUUUGUCGGGCAUCUGGAGGAAGAGGCUGUUAUUACCUACACUAGGUGCAUUGGCGAGAUUGAGGCUGGCCGUCUGCCUGCAUGGUCAAACUACCCUGCCCCCGAGAUCGCAAAGGACUACUGGCGCAUGGAAAAAAAUGCUACAUUGCUUGACGUUAUUUAUGCCGUGCGAAGCGAUGAAAGUACGCACCGGUUCGUCAACCACAGUCUCGCGAACCUGAAGAAGGACGACAUCAAUCCUUUCGCGUUCCGCGAGCCCGACAUGACCGUCAAGGGCAAGAAGUCUGGCUUCGAGCGAGAGGAGGCCGAGCAGUACGUUAUCGAGUCGCAAAAGCUAUUGAAAGAACACAGGGCACAGCAGCAGAAGUAAUCAUCAGAUGCCCGUCAUCGUCUCGUCUCAGUCACGCUAUUUAUUAGUACUCUCACCACUUAGCGCACACCUCUACUGAUCUUACGGACGUUCUAUUGCAUUUUCACCAAUCUCGCUCAUCGCCACGGUGUACAUUUUACUAUGUGAUAUAUACUAGACAUUCCGAGUUUGCACGUGUAAAUAUUUACAAGCACCGUGUGGAGUCUUGCAACUUCCUGCUGAACAUC